UUCCAGAAAGGACUCAGCAGUGCAGAGAGAUAUUGAGGAAACCUACUCGACGAGCAGCGGAUUCUUCUCGCCGCCCCCGCCCCCGCCCCAACUCCUCCGCCGCUCAUCGAUCUCUCUCUUUCUCUUCUCUUCUCUCAGCAACCAUGUCGCGCAAGGGAUUGAUGGAGCAGGAUCUCAGCAAGCUCGAUGUCACUAAAUUGCACCCCCUUUCUCCUGAAGUGAUUUCUCGCCAGGCUACCAUCAAUAUUGGUACUAUUGGCCAUGUGGCUCAUGGAAAGUCAACUGUUGUUAAAGCUAUUUCUGGUGUUCAGACUGUUCGUUUCAAGAAUGAGUUGGAGCGCAAUAUUACCAUCAAGCUGGGAUAUGCUAAUGCCAAAAUUUAUAAAUGCGAAGAUGAUAGAUGCCCUCGGCCUAUGUGCUAUAAGGCAUACGGGAGUGGAAAAGAGGACAGUCCUCUUUGUGAUGUGCCAGGAUUUGAGAAUGCUAGAAUGAAGCUUUUAAGGCAUGUUUCUUUUGUGGAUUGCCCGGGUCAUGACAUUCUUAUGGCUACAAUGCUUAAUGGAGCUGCCAUCAUGGAUGGCGCUUUGCUUCUGAUAGCUGGUAAUGAGAGCUGCCCCCAACCUCAGACUUCUGAGCAUCUGGCUGCUGUUGAGAUCAUGCGUCUCCAACACAUCAUAAUUCUGCAGAAUAAGAUUGAUCUCAUUCAGGAAAGUGCAGCAAUUAAUCAACAUGAAUCUAUCCAGAAGUUUAUUCAGGGCACUAUAGCUGAUGGGGCGCCAGUAGUCCCUAUUUCUGCUCAACUGAAAUACAAUAUUGAUGUUGUCUGUGAGAAUAUUGUUAAGAAGAUCCCCAUUCCAGAGAGAAACUUCACUUCACCCCCGAACAUGAUUGUCAUCCGAUCAUUUGAUGUGAAUAAGCCUGGGUCUGAGGUUGAUGAGAUUAAAGGUGGUGUUGCUGGUGGAAGUAUUCUCAGGGGAGUGUUGAAGGUGAACCAGUUCAUUGAAGUGCGCCCUGGUAUUGUUGUCAAAGAUGAAAGUGGAAAUAUAAAGUGCACUCCAAUAUACUCACGGAUUGUCUCACUUUAUGCCGAGCAAAAUGAGCUCCAAUUUGCAGUUCCUGGAGGUCUAAUCGGAGUAGGGACUACAAUGGAUCCCACAUUGACUCGUGCCGAUAGGCUGGUGGGUCAGGUUCUUGGGGAAGUUGGUUCACUUCCUGAUGUCUUUGUUGAGCUGGAGGUUAACUUUUUCCUGCUUCGGAGGCUUUUGGGAGUGAGGACGAAGGGCACCGAGAAACAAAGCAAGGUGUCAAAGUUAGCCAAGGGUGAAAUCCUCAUGCUCAACAUAGGGUCCAUGUCAACUGGUGCCAGAGUAGUUGCUGUAAAGAAUGAUCUUGCUAAACUUCAGCUCACCGCACCAGUGUGCACGAGCAGAGGAGAGAAGGUCGCUCUCAGCCGGCGUGUCGAGAAGCAUUGGCGACUUAUUGGCUGGGGUCAGAUUCAGGCUGGUUUAACUCUUGAAGUGCCACCCUGCCCUAUCUAGGACAUCGAAUUGUAGAAAAAAGAACAAAAGAGAAGGUAAAAAAACCGAGAAAAACUUUUGAGAGUGAGAGAUGAUUUUCGAAGGUAGCCGACUUCUAGUGUUUGGAUUUUUGAGAUGGAGAAGAAAACAUGAAUGCAUUUUUAGUUACUUUUGGCUUGUAUUGAUGUUGAGAAGAUUAUAUACUCUCCAGAGUUGCUCAAUUUCACACUGAAAAUUGGUGGUAUUCUAUUCUUAACCAUGAUUCGUUUUUGAA